CACUUCUCUCUUUUUUCCUUUUCUGAUAGAGAUUUUUCUCUUCUCAAAGUAAGAAAAGGCAGAAAAAUGAAUAAGUUUCAUAAGGUACUGGAUUACUUGACCCAGCACCGGAAAGUUCUGGGUUACAGCACCAUGUCCCUGCUGACGGUCGGCAUUGAGCAAAUCUUCUCAUCUGUGGUGUUCAAGUGUCCCUGCAAUUCUGCUUCUGGGAACAUGCUGUAUGGUUUUUCCUUCCUCUUAGCACCUGCCUUCAUCCUCUUGCUGCUUGGCUACAUGGCGAAUGCUAGGACCUGGCUUCUGGUGACAGGCAAGUGCUCUCAGGAGAAGCAUCUCCAACGCAGUGCUGGGAGAGCCUGCCCCGGCUUGUGCCAGUUCUUGCAGCUGACAGCCAAAGCCUCAGUGGCCCCGCUCACCUGGAUAGCGGUGGCCCUGCUCGGAGCCAACUUCUAUGAGUGCGCGGCCAGCGGGACCAGCCCGGCAAUGUACUACUUCUGUAAAGAGAGUAGACCUGACUGCCCAACCCAGCUGAUUAAAACGCCCUGUGACAAGGAAUUAUCAGCAAACAUAGCAAGUGAACAGCUCAGCCUUCAGGCACAGUCCCAGCUGUUUGGAUGUCUCCUGAUAGCCAUCAUGACGACUGUGGCACUGACCUCAGCAUGUUUCAUCCACUGCUGCUCCCCGGUCAGCUAUCUUCAGCUCAAGUUCUGGAAAAUUUACUCAAAAACAGAAUGUCAAGUCUUUGAGACCAAAGCCAAAGAGCAUGCAACCAAGCUAGCAGAAAUAAAUACUAAUUGCUUUUUUGAAGCCACUGACCCAGCACCGUUUCAUACUCCCAGCAGAGAAGACUGGCAGAAGAUUUCAUCCUUGUAUACCUUUGACCCACAAGAGCAGUAUUACAGCAUGAUACACGAGUACGUGAACACCAAUGGAGGCAACAGCGCCAAAUUCGAGGAAGAAUGUCAGGAUCACGCUGUUUAGCAUUUGUGGAGGGAGCCCAGAUAGAGUUCUAAUGAGAGAAAUCCAUUUCAAAGCUGGCAGUCUUCCAACCCUACAGAUAUACGAAGACUUAUUCUCCACUUUUACUGAAAUCUAUGCAAACUGAAGGUGAAAGCUGAUAGUUGUAACCCUCAGUAGAUUUGGUUUUAAAUACAUUUUAAUCCUUUUGCUUAAGUAAAUUAAAUGGUGUUUUCUUAUGUUGCUUUUCAUUGAGAAGAGUCAUAUGUAAAAUAAUCAGCAUCCACAAAGAUGUCACCACUUAUUAUGUCAAGCUAUUACCAAAACCUUAAAAGCACUUGGCAGGUGG